UAACCACUGUGCCACCGACGCACAUUUGAUACACAGGUGCUAGAGUAAGACACACAGGAGGCAGAACUUACGGUCAUUAUCAUUCGAUCAAUUUAGAACGAGGCAACAGUAAAGAAUUGACACCAACUUCAGACAACCUUGAAAUAGACAAUCAGAUUCUUCUAGGUGAAAAGUGGUACCUAAUUUACAGAGUAGUGUAUCUGCGAUAUAUAUGUAAUAAAAAUGGGUCAUUUAAAGUUUACAUCUCUAAUUGCUGGAAAAGCUGGUCCCAGAUUCUCGUAGAAGUGCUUAUAGACAUAUCAAACCGAUGUAUUCUUUAUUUCUCCAGCUGUAUCUCCUAUAAGAGAUACUGGUUGCAUAAAAGCUAUAUAUUAGUAAGGGAGACCUUUGAUUUCGAGAAGAAAGUGUUCAAAAAGUCACAAGUUAUGUAUGACUUACCAACUUAUACAGACUUCCUCAUAUAAAGCGGUUGCAUCUGAAUGUGUAGUCCGUCAGUACUUUUGCACAGUCGUCGUCCGUCGACAUAUGCAUGUUUUAUUCCUUCCCUUGAACACAUUCUCCACAGAGAAGUCAUAAAGCAAUUCUAAGAAACAUUUGCAACGAGGAUUAUGACUGGCGACGAUAUGUGAUUCUGAGCUAUCUGACUGGUCAAACCAAGGUCAUUUGACUUUGGUGUCUGUUGUUUACUCUUACACUUGUUUGUUUGCAUUAGUCAAUGUGAAAUCACUCAAAUUCAUCAAUGAGAACAACUGCAUGUAAUUUGUAUGGAUAUACUUAAAUAUGUAUCCGGAGUUAUUGAGGUCGAUUUUCAGGCUUUAAUACUAAUAUGUAUUAAGUAUCACUUCAUCACGGUUCAUUAAUUUUGGAUGAUUAACAACAAUGUUCAGUCAAAGCAAACCAAACCGGUCUGAUUUUUCGUCGUGAAAAUAUCUUCGCGAAAUUGGGAAGUAGGAAAUAGUUUAUAUAAACCGAUUAAUAUACAAGUCAGUGUUGUUGACUGUCCAACAAUCGCGUCCCAAGGGAUGUGAACGCACGGGUGACUUUCAGCCGACCAAUCAUAGAAAAUGAGGAAUUUCUGCACAAAAGAUGACGUAUAUUUACAAGAAAAUGCAUGAAAACACAUUAUGCAGGUUAUCCUUCUCUGACAUGACUUAGAAGUACGUCAAAAUUGUAACGAGGAGUUUCAGUUGCUAAGUUAGACUAGUUUCUGCACAUGUAUUCACCGAGGUGACUGAAGACGAGCUGUUUUGUGAAUCGUUCAUCUCUCUUAUCCUGUUGUGCAGUCUUCCCCAAAAGCCCUCGGUUGAAUUACUAUGCUUUCCAGUAAGAGGAUCGACAACUAAUUACCAGGAAAAUAUGGAUAAGAAAACAGAUUAAAAUAGAUGACAUCAACUAUUAAUCUAUCCCUAGCCGUAACCCUAACCUUAAUGCUGACCCUAACACUGACCCCAAACUUAAUCCUAAUCCGAACCCCAACCCCAAAACAUACCUUAAUCCUAAUCCUAACGAGCUAUUAAUACAUUGUCGAAACGGUACUUAGAAACGUGAUCUGAGUGAAAUUUUCUGCUUAGUUGGUGAAUAACGUUGAUAUUUCAGCUAUGAUAAUGACAAGUGCCGUCAGCCGACGACUUGUAUGCGUUCAAGGUCAUUGGUGCUUUCGGACUCCUGGGACGCUAUUGUUGAACUUUGCCGUUAAUAAUACUUGGAAAUAGAGAACUUUGAUAUGAGAUCAGUUGCUUCAAUUCGUACCAAUAAUUUAAUCUAAAGAGUUACUUUCAAAGUUAAUUUUCCUUCUUCAGUACAUAUCUGUUCAUAAUAUUUCCUUUCAAACUGUUGAACACAAUCCACAUAAGCACAGUGAGUCGAACGUGGGAUAAAGGGGAUAAAAUUCAACAUGACUUGUCCACCUUUUCAACGUAUAUUUAUGUCCGGAAAUAUUUUUCACGUCCCGCCUUUUCUUACUUAACCCACACAUCCCAGGUUUUUACACAUAUGUCCCAGGAGCAGAAAUGACAAAUUACCCAUGUUUCGAACGAAAAACUUACCCAAUUUCUCAAUAAGUUCCCUUGUUUUUACCCACUUCUCGAAUGAACUGAUUACCCACCUUCGCCCUGUACUCUGUUAACUACCAAACAGAAUUUUCCUACAGUGACAAGCUUAAUGAUUAUUGUCUUUAGAUUCUAAUAUCUCUACAACUCCACAUUCCAGUGAUAUAAAAUAAGGCUUUUACAGUGUGGGGAUAAUAUUUAUACAGUCAAAUACAGCUUUCAUAAAAAUAGUGAGAGGUGAAAACCGUUUGCGAAAUUGAUUUUAUACAUUAUUUUGGGGAUAAUGAUUGGCUGUGACCAGGUUGACAGACAUUGUAAGACACCUGUAGUAAAGGAAUGGAGGGAAAAUUUGAAAUAACAACGAAGUAAUUAAAGAAGUUAGACAUUUGUUUAUUGAAACUACCUCUUCUGAUAAUUAUUCUCCUUUUUUCCGAGCUCGUUGAUCAUGACACCAGCUUUUGGUGGCUUUGGCUAACACUUCGAGUGUUUUCUCCUCGGUGUUCCCCAGUUCCAUCUGUGUACGAAUGAUGACGUGACGACCAAUAACAUUGCUUUUUGAUAAAAUCACAGACUUUGUUGUGUGAGAGCUCCUUGGACGCAUUUGGGGCCUGUUCCUUUGUCCCUAGUCUUAUACGACACACUCAGUGCUGUCAUAUUUUUGUCUUUAAGUAGACUUAUGGCUUUUAUAGAUGGUCAUGUCGGAAAUAAUCAAUCCAGACGGCCAGUGCUGUAUUUUCUAUUACUAAUUUACGAAUAGGACUUUAGCUCUCGAUAUCUCUCGUCUUUUUUGAGAAUGUGCUCGUGUAUGGAGCAUUAGAUCAAUUCGUUUUGACAUAAUUGCUUCAGAAUAAUGAUUAGUCUCAGAAAUUAUAUUCAAUAUUUUUGUUCGCUAUUGCUCAGACUUAGAAUGAAGAGUAGCAAAAGAGAAUGCAAUAGGAAACGUAAAACGAAACCACUUUGUUGGGAAGAACAACUAAGCAGGCAGAUUCAGUUUGUGGAUGUCCACCCAGAGGCUAAUGAAACUUCUCUUGCAGUUGAUGAGGAGUCAGUUGAUGUUACGAUUAUAAGGAGUAAUUCGUCACAUGUUGCAAAACAUGGUGGCCUUCGAAAACCAUUCGUUUCAAAACGUUUUGAGGCAGAGACUGUAAUAGAUUUCAAUCAGUUGUGGGUUUCUGGUGAAGACCUUUUAUCUCACAGCAGCAUACGUAAACACCGUGAAGCCGCUCACAAGUGUGAAGCAGUCAUAUGA